AUGGCCACGCGUCUGCUCUAUCGAGCGUUACGACGGCGAUUGGCCCUAGUGGAUCCUCACUAUGUGAAAGCAAUUGAUAUCCCUGAAGAAAAGCUUAAAAUGGAAGCUGACCCCGAACGAUACACUAAGUAUCUCCGCGCUGAGCUCGGCUACCUAAUCCGUCAAGCAUUUGAACGUCCUCUGAAUGAUCGCCAUCAUCCCCGAUGGGUAGCUCAGUUUGAGCGUGGAGCACGUUUGGUUGACCAGUUUGCCGAUGCCAAUUAUGUCGUCCAACAGGUAUUGGAUCAACGCCACGAGGACUGGCUCCACCAACAAUGGCACUACGAUAACAUUAAGCAUGAAGAAGCUCAGCCUAAAGACACACACCGUCCUAGUCUACAUGAGAAACGUCAGCAAAAUACUGACCAUCUACUACGGCGGUGGUUCAAACAUGAACAACAAAACGGUGGUCUUCCCAUUCCACAAAAGCUCUCCUACGUCGAAAGAAUUGCUGAUACUACCCUUAACCCGUUUGGGGCGAUACCUGAGUCUACAAAGGCCAACUUGAUUAAUCAAGCCUACGACUCUGAUUACGUGGAAGGUAUCAUCAAACCCAGUCUUGCCUACGACAUCAAUCGCAAUCAUUACCUUCGUCAUCUCGAUGAUAUCGUCAACCAUCGAGGACCAUUCAAACCAAGGAUUCUGACGACAUCUGCUGGUCCCAAUGCUGCUCCAUAUAUACGCAUGCCCUACCGCCAAGACGAGAGUAUGGGAAAGCUAGCCGUGACAAUCAAACGCUGGCUUACCGCUACGAGAAUUAAUGCCAUUUGGCAACUGAAGCAGCCGUUGACUAAUGAAAACCAACAGAAAAACGGAGGCUAUGCCAUAAGGACUAGAGGCAACCAUGAUGAUGUCAUCUAUCCUCGAGCUUAUUAUGAACAAUGGGCCUCUGAUGAAGCUCAAUGGGAAGCUCUAAUCGAGGGGCGAGAUUUUGAUACCGUUCUCAAAGAGUGGAUUGGACCUUUGGACACUACCCUGAAGCAUCUACAAGAUCGGGUACAGCACUUUAAAUCUGAGAUUGGCGAUGUCAAGGCUUAUGAGCCUUUGCGUCAGCAAUUGGAAGAAGGUCUGAAUCAGCACUAUGACGACUUAGCCAACGUCUACGAACGGAUUUCGCAACAACUUCGAUCGAAUCCUCAUACUUUCAAACACGGCGAAAUCGUCAAUAGUGAUCGGAACCCCGAUGGAAGUGGCAAACAGUUGGGUGAUUACCUAAAAUCAUACAAGCAUUUCCAGUGGGGUGACGAAUUCUACGAUCGAUUCACCCGGCCUUCGACUACACGUGACCAUGUGACCCCCACCGAGCAGGGCGCGCAACCAGCAAGCCCCCCAAAUCUGUGA